AUGGAAUUUGAGAGAAGAUCGAAUGGCGCAUCAUGGCGCUGGCCUUUACUUGUGUCGGUUGUAUUGCUAAAUGUCACCUUGCCGAGUUUGGUUUACGCCUACGGUGUCAUUUUAGUUUAUCUUCACGAACUUCAAGUUCCAAUAUGGCUGGGAUUCGCAACUCCAACUAUCUAUAUACUCCUAUACAACUUUACACAAUGCUGGUUCAGAGAAGCGGCGGACUCAUGGGGCGGUGUAGUGGGUUACCGAGUUAUGGCUUUCCUUGGACUCAUGAUGGUAGUCUCUAGCUUGCUCCUCUGCGCAAUAAUACCUAUUAAAUUACAGCCUUAUGUCUAUGGCAUUUUAGGAGGUUUGGGUUCAUCAUUGAUAUCUGCGCAAAUAGAUGCUGUGAUAUUUGAUACAUACGAUUCCAGACUCGGAAUAAUUCGAGGUGUUUGUUUCGCCGGCCAGGCCGUAGGACAAUCAGUAUUUCCACAUAUUAUAACAGCACUAGUAAAUUUCUAUGGCUACUCUCAUUUCUACAUAGUUCUAGCAGCAAUUAUGCUGCAAACCUUACCAGCGAUAAUGUUACUUAGAGUUGAAGAGAAAUUCCUAAGACCGAUCUCAUUUUCUCGAUACAGUGACGUAGCAAAAGCUUAUUCCGUCUUUAGUAAUGAAGGAAUAGACCAUACAUACUAUUCAACAGAACUGCAAUUACAUGACUUGAGCAAAAAAUGUUGGAAAAGUCCAUCAGACGAUAAUUUACACCGGAAUUCAGAACAUGAAGAAGGUUUUGAAUAUGACAGUGAAACAAAUGGAACUAUUACUCCACCCCCUAGUCCUGAGGAGAAACGUAGAAAUAUCUUUGGGGUAGAAAUAUUACCGGAAAUACCCGAAGAGAAUGAGGAUAAUGUAAGCGAUGAAAGUGAUAGCGAAGGAACUGAAAACGAUGACAGUGAAAGCGAUGAUUCUUCUAAAAUAGAAGCUGGCUCGUCUAACAAUAAAAAGCGACUCAGCAUUGCUAUUAAGAGACUGAGUAUGUUAAGUGACAAUUUAGAUGAUUUUAUAUCAAAACAAUAUAGGAGAGAUUCAAACACGAGUGAACGAGACGAGGCCGAUCACAGAGAAUACACCGAAAUUGAAGUGACUUAUGACAAUAUUUCACCGGUAACUGACAUUCAAAGGGAAAAAGUAUUUAAUUCAUUUAGUUUUCGUUGUCAGUCUGCUUACGCUGGAUUGAGGAGAAGAAUAUGGAUGCCCUCGUACAAAAUAUACAUAUUGAAAAGAAGAUUAACGUAUUUUAUGUAUAAUAUUAAUGACACGUUUCUAAAACCGCUAACGAGGUCUUUGUCCAGCUGGAAGUUUUAUCCAUCUUUAUUGAUGUACUUUUCUAAAUUAAGUUUAACAUCAGUAACGAUGGUUUCACUCCCUAUGAUUGCUUCCGAAAUGCACCCAAAAAUACCAAUAGCGGAUUCAAAUUUCAUCAUGACUCUAUAUGGCUUUUCUUGGAUAUGUUUCUUAAUGUGUACUCCUUGGCUGGCGCAGACGCCUAAACGAAACUUCAAGUAUGUAGCACUAGCUGGCUUACUCAUUUCUACACUCGCAUGUAUUCUUUUAUCGAGAGCUGACAACCACGACUCAUUUUCUAUUGGUUGUGUAAUAGCCGGGCUUGGAUACGGCGCAAUAUCUUGUUGCUGGGAAUCAACCGUACAAGAUUUCGUGGGAGCGCGCAAGUGGCCUAAACUCCAUAGUCCUUUGGAGACGAUCUCCGGGUUAAGUCUCGCCAUCUUCGUGAUAGGGAUUUCGUUUAUUGUCGAUCAGCCCCAAGGAUUACAGUUCGCCCUAUUCAUUUUAGCCAUCAUAUUAUCUAUAACUACAUUUGUAUGGCUAAUAGUAGCAGUGUUUUAUGUAUACACAACUAAAGUGAAAAAGAUUAAGAUGGGCAAGCGUUGA